AUGGUAGUGACCCGCAAAGGACAAUCAACAACGACCCAACCGAUUCCCAACGUUAACGCCGAAGACAAUCCCGUCAUGACCAACCAAGAGCGCUACCCGUACGGAAUGCCUCAAACUCAACUAGAACCCGUGAUUCAACAGGUCCAGCCGAACACUGACCGAACUCAACCCAAUUUGCAUGAUGACCUCCGUGCGUUGAGGGAGGAAAUGGAGACCAUCCGAAGGCAAAGAGAAGCCGACGCCCGAGAGCUAGCCGAGUUACGUCGACAAAAUGCUGAGCUUCAGAAUCUGAACCAAACUUUCGUGCCGUCCACCCCCACAGCAGCGGAAGAGUCUGCCUAUCACGCCCCAACCGACCAGGUCACUCGAACUCCGGUCACCUCGUUGAUAGCCAACAAGGCCGACACCACCGUCCACUCCUUAAGACACCCUUUCUCACGGAGGAUAAUGGAAGCGACUCUUUUGGAUCAUUGGAAGAAUCUCCCAAUUGAGAAGUACGACGGGACCACUGACCCCGACGAACACCUGAACGCUGUCUUGACGCAGGCGACCCUCUCCACGCAAGACGACUCGGCCUUGUGUCGAAUAUUCCCCACAUCACUGAAGGGAAGGGCCCUGAGUUGGUUCACCAAGUUGCCGAGUUCUUCCAUCGACUCGUUUUGCGAGUUGUCAUCCCAGUUCACUUUGCAAUUCGCGACGAGCAAGCCGUAUAGGACGACCUCGUUGGCUCUAGCGGGGGUUCGUCAGGAGAAAAAAGAAAGUUUAAGAUGCUUUAUGGACCGAUUCAACAAGAUUUCCAUGGAGAUAGGCGAUCUUAACCCGGCCGUCGCCCUAGACAGGUUGAGCACUGCCCUGAAACCGGGGACUUUUGUAAAUAGCCUCUGUAAAAAACCACCACUUGAAAUGAAUGAUUUGCGUCGCCGAGCCGAGAAGUAUAUGCAGAUGGAGGAGCUUGCGAAACCCCGAAACCAGGCUAGAGCGGAGGAGGGUAAUAGCAGGAAGGAGCCGAGCCGAGAACUGAUGAAAAAGGCUAACGUCGAACCUUCAAACGCCCGGCCCCCGAGGGGACCACGAUACACGGCGUACACUCCCCUCAACACGAGUAGGGCUAAGGUGUUGGAGCAAGCCCUCGCAUCAGAAAUCCUGGUGAUGCCAAAAAGGGAAAAAACGUGCCGAUUCCACCGAAACAGGGGACACACAACAGAAGAAUGCUCGGCACUAAAGGAUAAACUUGAAGACCUUAUCAAGCAAGGUCAUCUCCGGAACUUUGUCUCACCCCAAGACCACCGGUCAAGGGGGAGAGACCACUAUCCUCGACGAGCAUCACCGUCGAGAGAUCGAGGCCACCGAUCUCGAUCAACAGAAAGGAAAGACCACUCGAGAAGUUCCUGA